UGGCGGCGCCCGAGAGACCGUCGGGGCACUAGACGGACGCGACUUAUUUGCCGCGGGAGUCGAGGCACCGGGCCUGCGCAAUAGGACUACGGUGCCCCGGAGGCGCGUCUAAAAGCGGAAGUAGUUGUGACCGACUUGCAACGGCUGCUGACGCCUCCGAGUGGUCUGUGCAGCUUCGCGGGUCGCUGGCUGGGUCGCGAGGGGUUGCGCCGAGAGCGGGGAGAUGGAGGGGGAUGUUUCGGACCCGGAGCCCCCGGAUGCCGGGGAGGACAGCAAGUCCGAGAACGGGGAGAACGCGCCCAUCUACUGCAUCUGCAGGAAGCCGGACAUCAACUGCUUCAUGAUCGGGUGCGACAACUGCAACGAGUGGUUCCAUGGGGACUGCAUCCGCAUCACUGAGAAGAUGGCCAAGGCCAUCCGGGAGUGGUACUGCCGCGACUGCCGAGAAAAGGAUCCCAAACUGGAGAUCCGCUAUCGGCACAAGAAGUCCCGAGACCGAGACAGCAGCGAGCGAGAUGGCAGCGAGCCCCGCGACGAGGGUGGGGGGCGCAAGAGGCCUGACCCAGACCCGCAGCGCCGGGCAGGCUCAGGGACAGGGGUGGGCGCCAUGCUCGCUCGGGGCUCGGCCUCGCCCCACAAAUCCUCUCCGCAGCCUUUGCUGGCUGCACCCAGCCAGCACCACCAGCAGCAGCAGCAGCAGAUCAAAAGGUCUGCCCGCAUGUGUGGCGAGUGCGAGGCCUGCCGGCGCACUGAGGACUGUGGCCACUGUGACUUCUGUCGGGACAUGAAGAAGUUUGGGGGCCCCAACAAAAUCCGGCAGAAGUGCCGGCUUCGUCAGUGCCAGCUGCGGGCCCGGGAAUCUUACAAGUACUUCCCUUCCUCGCUGUCCCCAGUGACACCCUCAGAGUCCCUGCCAAGGCCCCGCCGACCGUUGCCCACCCAGCAGCAACCACAGCCAUCACAGAAGCUUGGGCGCAUUCGUGAGGACGAGGGGGCCAUGGCAUCAUCAGCAGUCAAGGAGCCCCCUGAGGCUACCGCUACCCCAGAGCCACUCUCGGAUGAGGACCUUCCGCUAGAUCCUGACCUGUACCAGGACUUCUGUGCAGGGGCCUUUGAUGAUCACGGCCUGCCCUGGAUGAGUGACACAGAGGAGUCCCCGUACCUGGACCCUGCACUACGGAAGAGGGCUGUAAAAGUGAAGCAUGUGAAACGUCGGGAAAAGAAGUCUGAGAAGAAGAAGGAGGAGAGGUACAAGCGGCAUCGACAGAAGCAGAAGCACAAGGACAAAUGGAAACACCCAGAACGCACUGAUGCCAAGGACCCUGCAUCACUGCCGCAGUGCCUGGGGCCUGGCUGUGUGCGUCCUGCCCAGCCUGGCUCCAAGUAUUGUUCAGAUGACUGUGGCAUGAAGCUGGCAGCCAAUCGCAUCUAUGAGAUCCUUCCUCAGCGCAUCCAGCAGUGGCAGCAGAGCCCCUGCAUCGCAGAGGAGCACGGCAAGAAGCUGCUGGAACGUAUUCGCCGUGAGCAGCAGAGUGCACGCACCCGCCUUCAGGAAAUGGAGCGCCGCUUCCAUGAGCUAGAGGCCAUCAUUGUGCGUGCCAAGCAGCAAGCUGUGCGUGAAGAUGAGGAGAGCAAUGAGGGUGACAGUGACGACACAGACCUGCAGAUCUUCUGUGUCUCCUGCGGGCACCCCAUCAAUCCACGUGUUGCCUUGCGCCACAUGGAGCGCUGUUAUGCCAAGUAUGAGAGCCAGACGUCCUUUGGGUCCAUGUACCCCACACGCAUUGAGGGGGCCACAAGACUCUUCUGUGAUGUCUACAACCCCCAGAGUAAGACGUACUGCAAGCGGCUCCAGGUGCUGUGUCCCGAGCACUCACGAGACCCCAAAGUGCCAGCUGAUGAGGUGUGCGGGUGUCCCCUUGUGCGUGAUGUCUUUGAGCUCACGGGUGAUUUCUGCCGCCUACCCAAACGCCAGUGCAACCGCCAUUACUGUUGGGAGAAGUUACGGCGCGCUGAAGUGGACCUGGAGCGCGUACGCGUGUGGUACAAGCUGGACGAGUUGUUUGAGCAAGAGCGCAACGUCCGCACAGCCAUGACAAACCGGGCAGGGUUACUGGCCCUGAUGCUGCACCAGACCAUCCAGCACGACCCUCUGACGACCGACCUGCGCUCCAGUGCUGACCGCUGAGCCUCCUGGGCCCAGAUGUUCUCACACCCUGCAUUCCAGGCGGGGAGCUACCCUGAUGCCCCCAUUCGUUUGUUCUGCGGUUUAUCUGUUUCUCCAAUGGUUCCCGAGUUUCUCCCUGUGCCCAUCCACCAUUUGACUGCCCGGCUGCCCUUCACAGAGGGUCUUGGACUUUUCUUCUGUUGUUUUUCUCUUUUCUCUGUGCCUGGGUGGGACUGUGGAGUUGCUCAGCCUUGCCUUUCCUCCCGGUUUUAUUAAUAAAAUUUUGAAGAACUAAA